GAGUGGAACGACCAUUCUGAAUCCGAGCUGAGCGUAGCUAUAGUAGCACUAGCUGAGCAAGAGAAGAAGAGGUAGGCAGAGGGGCAGCUGAACGCUCGAGUACCACCUUGGAGAUCCUGCCAGCAUUGAUUGGUCCAGGAACAUCUCUGUGUCGCCAAUCAACCUUCGACUCAUUGGCACUCAGCAACUGGAACUUGGGCGAGUGUGCUUGUAGUAUUCUCAAUCCUCAGUUAUUGUUGUUCAUGCGGAACGAUUGAGUAUUGAUCCCCGUCGACGUCAUCAUGCGGAGAAACUCCGAGGCCUUUGGCUUGAUCGCAUUUAUGGUUUUGGGGUUCAGUGUGAGUCUAAUUGACAGCGGAGCCGUGGUCCUGAAUUCCGGCAAUGUCGAUAAAGUCUUGGCGGAGAAUGAGUUCGUGUUCAUCAACUUCUAUGCGGAUUGGUGCCGAUUCUCAAACAUGUUAUCCCCGGUUUGGGAUGAGUUCGCGGAAAAGGCGGAAGCCGAGUUCGGACCCAACAAGAACUUCGUCAUUGGCAAAAUCGAUUGUGAUAAAGAGAGUAGUUUGGGUACCCGCUUCCACAUCACAAAGUACCCGACUCUCAAAUAUGUGCGGAAUGGCGUACUAGCCAAACGCGAAUAUCGCGGUCAGCGGUCGGCCGAAGCCUUUGUCAAUUUCAUCCGGGACCAGACUAAGGACGCCAUGCAAGAGUUCACCGUGUUGAAGGACGUGGAUGAGUUGGACUCGAAGAAACGCCACCUCAUUGGCUACUUCCAGAAGAAGGACUCCAAAGAGUACGAAAACUACCGCCGUACCGCCGCCAACCUCAAGGAUGACUGUGAAUUUCACGCCGGAUUCGGAGAGGUAGUGGACAAAAUGCAUCCUCCUGGUCAGUCGAUCGUAGCUUUUCGUACCAACAAAGCCCGAUCCAACGAGGAUGACGAAGUUUUUCGUGGCAACCUUCACAGUUACGACGAGUUCAGCAUCUGGGCCGCAGAUAAGUGCACGCCCUUGGUAAGAGAAAUCACGUUUGAAAACGCCGAGGAGCUCACCGAGGAAGGCUUGCCCUUCCUAAUCUUGUUACACGCCCCCGAGGACAACGAGAGCAUUAAGCGAUUCACCGAAAUCGUCCAACGUGACCUCAUGGAAGACAAACAAAACGUGAACUUCCUUAUCGCCGACGGUGUGAAAUUCGCUCAUCCCCUGCAUCAUUUGGGCAAGGCCAAAUCUGAUUUGCCCCUAAUCGCGAUCGACAGUUUCCGUCACAUGUACUUGUUCCCCAAAUACGAGGACAUGGAAAUCCCGGGCAAACUAAAACAAUUCUUGCAAGACUUGUAUUCGGGUAAAUUGCACCGAGAGUUCCACUACGGUCCUGACAAAGACACCAGCAGUGACGAUCCCUCAGCUGCUCAACAACAAAAUGAGGUAAACACCGGUAAUCACGAUAGAGUCAAGCGCGAUCAACCCAAAAGCCCCCCUCCAUCGCAAUUUCAGCAUUUGGGGCCCUCCAAGAAUCGAUACACUCUACUUCAUGAUGAGUUCUAGUAGGACAACCCUGGUUAUCCAGGGAGUUGGCUAUUCUCUUCAUUGGAUCGCAAGAGUCAGAAGGAGGAAAACCAAAUUAGACAACCUGGACCACCUAACAACUACAACUUUAUGCUGUGAUCUUUCAUUUUUUCGCCUCCUUCAAUCUUCUUCCUUCUCAUUAUUAUCAUUCUAUUUUGUUCCAAAUGCAAUUCACAGACAACAACCAGAGAUUCUCCAAACCUGGCACAGCGAUGUAAGUCAACAAACACUAGGACAAUGUUAAGAUCCGAUGGAUGGAGAUGAAAUUGAUUGUCCUCAACCAUCAAUUAAUCAUCCUUGUUAUUCUAUCGAUGUUCAAUAGUACUCCACUAGCAUCAAACCGUUCCUAUCGAAUUAAGUAACCUUGAGGUAACAUUCUCCUAUUAAAUCGUGUAGAGCUGUGA